GUCAGUCUCGCAACACCAAGUCGAUUCGAUCAAUCCCCAAAGCCUCUUCUCGCUUCUUUCCCUCUUUCCCUUCCCUCUUCCUUUGAUUUCUUUCCCUCCCUUUUCCCCCCUCACCCUUUUCUCACCACCUCCCAUCCCAUCAUGCCCGCCCCCUCCACCACCCUCCUCAUCGAGGGUUCCUUCACCGAGCUCGCCGACGAGUUCGCCCAGUACAUCGACGCCCUGCGCAAGUCCGAGGCCUCCAGCAGCCUCCAGUCCGAGAUUUCCCCGCUUCUGCAGCCCCUUCGUGAGCAGGAACAGUCCGAAGCAGAGCCCGACCGCAAGCAGCGCGAUGAGGUUCUCAAGAAGUUGGUCUCCGCGGCCGUUGUCCUGAACAGCGCCCCCGAGAAGGAGAUCAUCUCCGCCUACAACCUUCUUGUCCACCUAGUUCACCAGGCCUCCGACCCGGAUAUGUUCCUGUCCCGCAUCUGUACCUACCUCGCCAAACCCAUCUCUUCCUCCCCUCAGUUCGGCCCCUCCUUGGCCAUCUCCAUCCUGUCCACCAUCUUCAACACUCUUGCUCCCUCCGACUCCAGCCGCUACCACGUUCUCCUGGCUACCGUCGCCGUCAUCCGUCAGUCCAGCUCGUCCAUUGCCUUUGACGCCCUCAAGUCCCAGCUGGUCGCUCAGCUGCCCAGCUGGCUCGCCGCCUGGGAGCUGGACGCCGACGAGGCCCAGCGCCUGCACCUCGCCAUUGCCGAUGCCGCCCAGGCCUCUGGUGACCCCGAGUUGGCUCAGACCCAUGUCGUCCAGGCCCUGCAGACCAUCCCUGCCGCCAACGCCAGCGCCCCCGAGGCCCGCGAUCUCGCUGUCCGCGCCCUGACCUCCGCCCUCACCCACCCGGCUGUCUUCGACUUCACCCCCCUGACUGCCUCCGACGCCGUCCAGGCCCUCCGGUCCAGCGACAGCACCCUCUUUGAGCUGCUCGAGAUCUUCACCGCCGACACCCUCGACGCCUACGAGGCCUUUAUUUCCGCUACUCCUCUGGCCAGCAUCUCCGGCGGCGUUCUGGCUGAGUCCGGCGAGGCCCUGCAGAACAAGAUGCGUCUGCUCACUCUGGCCUCCCUGGCUGCUUCCACCCCGUCCCGCUCCCUCCCCUACGCCACGAUCGCUACGGCUCUCCGCGUGGAGCCCACCGACGUCGAAAAGUGGGUUAUUGACACCAUCCGUGCUGGCCUCGUCGAGGGUAAGCUGUCUCAGCUGCGCUCCGAGUUUCUGGUUCACCGGGCCACCUACCGUGUCUUUGGCGAGAAGCAGUGGGCCGAGGUGCAGGGUCGCCUGAUGGUCUGGCGCCGCAGCCUGGAGAACGUGUUGGGUGUUGUUCGCAGCGAGCGGGAGCGGUUUGUUCGCGAGGGGCUGCAGGCGGCCCAGGCUGCCGAGGAGGCUGCCCAGGGCAAGGGUAACGACAAGAAGGGUGGUGACCGUCGCCGUCACAACAACAACAACAACAACAACAACAACAACAACAACCAGCAACAGCAGCAGCAGCAAGCACCUGCGGCACCCGCCGCUGCCCCGGAGGCCGUUGCCGUGGAGUAAAGGACUGAUGACCGUUUGGUUGAAUGAUUGACUGAUACACAGAGAAGCAUACACAUUGGGAUGAAUGAAUAAAAAGUUUUCUGUGUGUUGUUGUGAGUUGUGGGCUUGGAAGGUGUUCUUUCUAUGUUAAUGUUCUGCUGUGUCCACACUUUUUUUUUAUCCCCAUUUUCCCUUUAUUUCCAUCUCACGGGCUCAAUUUUCCUUUUAUUUCUCUUUUUUAUUUACCAUGGUAGCUAUUGGAUUCUAGACAGGUUUAUAUCCACAUUUCAUCAUGAGAAGGUGGGGGAAAGCCUGACAGACAAAUGAUACGAGUUAUGCCGAGUGUGUAACUGAGUUUUUAUGUAUAUUCCCAAGGUACUACUUUAUACAUACAUAGACCAAUUUGGGGUGUUGCAACAAGGGUAAAUUACUCAG